CUGGGGAGGAGGCGGUAUUUGCAUGUCACUACGAGGGACUCUCGAGUCUGCUGAAGAUCGAGGGAGUUGGCUGGUCAAAGGAGUCACACAUGGAGGGAACCGGGACUUCGAGUGCUUACGGGAUUUCGCUCGCAGGAGGAGGCUUUGACUUUCUAAAAUUUGUCCGACAACCGCAAACCAUUGUGCGGCUACUGAGCUGGCUAUUUUCCAUUGUGGUUUUUGCCUGCAUCACCACAGAGGGAUACAUCAACCCUGUCUUCAGCGCUGAGCCAAAGUGCAUCUUCAACCAAAGUGACUCGGCAUGUCAUUACGCUGUUGGAAUUGGCGUGAUUGCCUUCCUUGCCUGUGUGGGCUUUUUACUUUUAGAUAUUUACAUGCCUUUUAUGAGUAAUGCACAGCAAAGGAAAUUUGUUGUGAUGGCAGACCUAGGAUUUUCUGGAGCUUGGACCUUUCUGUGGUUUGUGUGCUUCUGCUUGUUGGCCAGUCAUUGGAGUCGCACGCAUGAUGUCAGCGCAAUUCCUCAGGACGCAGCACGUGCAACAGUGGCCUUUUCAUUCUUCUCCAUCGCUACCUGGGGAAUCCUAACCUACUUCGCCUUGGGUCGUUUCCGUAGCGGCACUGACGACGUCGCCAUCCCAACCUACACUGAGCAGCCUCCAGAACAACACGAGCCUUACCCGCCAACCUACGCCCCUGCCCCCUACAACCCCACGCCAUACACCCCCACCACCUAUCCCACCCUAGCUGACUUAAGCCAGCAACCUGCCUUCACCCCAAACCUGCAGCCGACGCCCGGCUAUCAGCCACCGAAUUACUGAUACAGAAAGCUCUGUUAUGGCAAGAGCAGGGCUGCUGCUUAUUUGCUAGUAGCAGAUCCAACAAGUCCAAACUGGGUCUCCAUUGGUGAUAAGGCUUAUCGGGGAUAUAACGCUUCUCUAUUUAAACUCGAGGAGUUGAAGAACUGCAUGCAAGUUAAUAGAAGAGGGACACUGUGGAUUACCGCAAAGGCUCUCUGGUCUAUGAUCAGAUCUUGCCAUCGGACUGAGAGCUGACAUUAGAGAUGAUCUUUGGAUCAGCUGACCUGUGUGCUAUGACACAACACUUACCUCAAGCAGGCAUAUGGAAUGUUAGCAUAAUUGCGAAACUGUUGAUUACAGUUGAUGAGAUCAACACCAGGAGUUUUUUUCAUUUGUACAGAUUUCUUGGCAAAACGAGUGCCCUUUUAUUUGCCGUGUUCCACAACUAAUUUUCAACAUGAAUUUGUCUUCAUUUGCCGUAAAUAACUAAAGGAAUUACUACAAGUUAAAGGAAUGGACAACACCUCUGUCAUGUGCAAAACAGCAGAAGGAAUCCUGCUUAAUUAAAUUUUUAAAAAAUCAUUUUUUAAUGUGUUAUAGUGGAGAAUAGCCUAAAUUAAAGUCAGUAUUUCCAGGAAUUGACUUCCCGACAUAGGGGCGGACAUUUUAUCAAUACCGGCACUUUUAGCCAAUUGAAUUAGGGCUGUCAAACGAUUACAAUUUUUAAUCGAGUUAAUCAGAGCUUAAAAAUUAAUCGUAAUUAAUCGGAAUUCAAACCAUCUAUGAAAUAUGGCAUAUUUUUCUGUAAAUCAUUGUUGGAAUGAAAAGAUAAGACACAACACGGAUAUAUACAUUCAACAUACUGUACAUAAGUACUGUAUUUGUUUAUUUUAAUAAUACAUCAAUAAGAUGGCAGGGCCGGCACAGCCUAUAUGCAGACUAUGCAGCUGCUUAGGGCCCCUGACCACUACGGGGCCCCCAAUCUGGCAAUUGUUUAAUUUCUAUUCUAUUUUGUUUACUACAGUUUGCUUUAUUUGACUUUUGUGAGUUUUGAUACAUGAUUACAAGCUUUAAAAAAUAAGUUCUUCCUUUUCUUUCCUCUUUUAGAAAAAGGUUUGGCGCUAUCUACUGUAAGUACUGACAAUCAUUUGGGGUGAGAAGUUUGAAGUAUGCAGUGGAACAAAAUCUGAUUAAUAUACAAAAUAUGGACGUAUGGGUUGGAUUACAUGUAUGGGUUUCACGAUACACUGUGACGAAAUGGUGGGCCAAAAAUAUGGGCCCCUUUGCAUUAUUUUGCUUAGGGCCCCCAAAUGGCCUGGGCCGGCCCUGCAAGAUGGCAUUAACAUUAUUAACAUUCUGUUAAAGCGAUCCAUGGAAAGAAAGACUUGUAGUUCUUAAAAGAUAAAUGUUAGUACAGAUUAUAAAAAUUUUAUAUUAAAACCCCUCUUAUUGUUUUCGUUUUAAUAAAAUUUGUAAUAUUUUCAAUCAAAAAAUAAACUAGUAGCUCGCCAUUGUUGAUGUCAAUAAUUACACAAUGCUCAUGGUGCUGAAACCCAUAAAAUCAGUCGCACCCAAGCGCCAGCAGAGGGUGACAAAACACCAAAAACCACAAGUAACAACUGGACAUGACACUGUGCUGUCAUUUUAAUGUUUGAGCGGAGCAUGUGCGUUAAAUGCGUCAAGUAUUUUAACGUAAUUAAUUUGCCGUUAACGUGAUAAUUUUGACAGCCCUAAAUUAAAUGCGAGUAUCCUGAUUCCCCCACCCUUCCUCGCUACAUCAUUAAUACGUAUUAUCAUAUGCACCAUUACUUGAGUCGAUCAGUUUAUAUGAAAUCACAAAAUGGAUGAGCCUGCAAGCAGUGUCAUUCUUUUUUUGUUUAAACAGUAUUUUAUCUAUUAUCAGAAGUCUGCAAAAUUUGCGGUUUGCGUACUUUGAGCAACUGUUUUUGCAAGGUCAUUUAUAAGAGUUGUUUGAAUUUCAAGUGAUAAAUUGCCCCCCCCCCCCCUUUUUUUUUUUUCCAAGCGUUGAUAAAUGAUGUAACCAAACUAUGGAAGUGGAUUUAUGACUGAGACACCAGAAAAAAAUGCAAUUAUAGUAUUGUAAACAUGUUCAUUUUCUGAUCUGAUAAGUUUGACUUACGCAUUUGACAAAUCAGAACAAAUUCUUACUGGUUCAGGUCACAACUGGAGUCUUGGCUCGGUUCAGUAUUUGUGCGUUUUUAAAUUCUAUAUGUUUUAAAAUACUUAAUAUUUUACAGAAAGAGCAAUUUAGUAACAUGGAUUGUAACUUUGUUUUAUAUGGCACAAAAUGCCUGAAGGAUUAACUGUAUUAUGUUGUCCAACACAGAUGUUGCAUCAUACUUUCAAAAUGUCACAUAGAAAAAUUGGUAACAUUUUAUUUGACAGUGGUGUCAUAAGACUGUCAUAAUUAUGAUGAGACACUAUCAUGAGCAUUAAUGAAUGCUUGACGGCAUAAGCAGAGUUUAAGGGGGGGCCAGUCCCCCCUGGUGGCUGAAAAGUGUCAAUAAAUGUAAUUGACUAUUAUAUAUAUAUAUAUAUAAGUUGUAAAGCCAUAAAGCAAACAACAAAAAUGAAUAAAAUGAACAAAUUUUUUUUUAUAAUGAGUCAAAAUUAUUUUUUGAACAGAUCAUGUGACUAGCACCUUAGACAGUCAUUUGCUUUGCAUAUUAUUUAAAAUGAUUGAUUAAAAUGAUUUGAUUGAAGCAACUUUUUGGGGGAUUAAAUGAUUUAGACACAAAUGUCCUACCCAUAAUAUAGCCCAAACACAAAAAGGAUUGCUAAAAUUAAAGAAAACUUUUAAAAUUCAAAAUUAAGUGUUCAAAUGCAAAUAUUUGAGUAUCAAAUAUUUUUUUCGAAUUCAAAAACUUUUUCUCUGAUUGAAUUUUUUUUUUUUUUUUUUUUUUUGGAUUGAAGUGAAGUUUCGUUUGAAAAUAUAUAUUUUUGUUUAAAGCAACUUUUUGAUUGAAUAAUAAAGACACAAAUGUCCUAGCCAAAAUGUGGCCCAACCACAAAACAUUACUUCAGUCAAAAAAGUUGCCUCAAUCAACAAAAAAAUUGACUUCAGGAAAAAAAUUCAAAUAAAAAUAGCUUUCAAAUGCAUUAUUUUGAGUUUUAAAUUUAUUUUUGCAUUCACAAUUCCCCCCCCCCCCCCCCCCCCCACACACACUUUUUUUCGAAUAAUGAAGACACAAAUCUACUUCCAUAUGGCUCCGCCCAGGGGAUACAAUUUUUGACUGGGGUAACUACAUUGGCACGACCGGCAGGCGUACCAUAGUCAAUAGAUGAUGAUCUUGGCGAAAAGUAUAGCUGUCUUAAGCAGCCUGAUUUAGAAUUCCCCUCAAGAAUGAUGGGAAACAGAAAAAAUGCUCAUUUUCAACUUAUGAUAAAUAUUCUUGUAAGUUAAUUUUUAUGUCUGACACUGCGUUUUGGGGUCAUCAACAUGUAGUGCCCCUCAGCCCAAAAGUCAAACUCCGCCUAUGCUUGACGGACGUCAUUAAGUGUCAUCUGGCAAAUUGUUACGAACUCCAUUUAUGUCCAGUCUGCAUCUUUUACGUUCAUUUAAAAUGACAUAAUUUGUUGGAUGACACUUAAUGACAUAUGUCAAAAGCAUUCAUUAAUGCUAGCGACUGUGUAAUUUCGUAAUUAUGGCAGUCUAAUUCAGGGGUGAAAGUGGCUAGAAAUUCUUGUCAGAACUCCCGAACAUAAAUGUCGGCAUGGAGCCCUUUUUUUCUUUUCGUUUGCCACAAAAAAAUACAACCGUCCAAAUCGUCUUGGCUUUGUGAAAUUCCAGAUACCCUUUAAGCUUGUUUUACAUGAAUGAAUCUGGGUGAAGUGCAGAUGACACACCCAUUGAAUAGUAACUAAUUAACAACAGAAGAGCUUCUUGGGGAAGAAAAAAAACAUGCCUUCACUGCAAACUCAGUCUUUGUGUUGUACACUUGAGGUCUUUGAGGCUUCUCUGUGUCAAGUGACAAAAGUGUCGUGUUCACUUCAAGUUGUGCUUCUUCUCGUGGAUAUGCUUGUUUGAUAAACCUACAGUUAAAUCUCAGUAAUGCUGUUGGAACAUUGAUUUGUUACAGCAUAUUAGUAUUUUGAAGCCAUGGAUUUGUAUUCAAAAUGGUCACUCCCCCCAAAAAUAAUUUUGCUCUCAACAUAUCUUUAGCCACAUUCUUUUUGUCUUGUGUAUCCCCUUCACAACAAAAAAGUGGCCAAGGUGCUAAUAACUUACUACACACUGCUUGGAUAACUGACAGUGUAUUUUAAGUUACUUUACUACAUAUUAUAAAACAUUUCAGUCAGACCGGCACUCAAAUUACACAAGAUUUAAAUUACACCUGGUCUGGAAUUAAAUUCCAAAAACAUAGAAAGUAGAGAUGUCCCGAUCGAUCGGGAUGCCGAUCACGUCAUUUUCAAAGUAUCGGAAUCGGCGAAAAAAAUAUCGGCCAUGCCUUUUUUUAAAAUAUUUAUAUAUUUUUUAAUUAUAUAUAUAUAUAUAUUAAUUAUAUCUAUAGUUUAAUUAAAUCGUUUUCUAAUUGUAUUUAAUGUUACAGACAUGUUACACUCAUCCAGUCUUUAGUUUGGGCUUAAGAUAGUUAUCAAAUUUAUCCCGAUAGCAGCGGUAAUUGAUUUUUUAAAAAAAUGUAUCACGUUAAAAUAUUUAACACAAUUAAUGCAUGCGCUGCACGACCCACUCACGCAUUUUCGCGCUCAAUCUGUAAUGGCGCCGUUUUACCUAUAUAGAGAGAUAAAAGACAGCAUAAAAUGAGUAAAGUGAAUUUUGGUAGCCUUUGGAGCCUUUUUUUAGUUGGCUAAAGCCUUACAAUCCCUCUCCCUAUGAUUAGAAAUAUCAUGGGAAGCAAUGUGGGGAAGCAUUGAUCUUUUUCUUAACACCUUAUGUUAUUUCCCAACGCAGAGAAGAUAUCAAUUGGUAGCACUACGCACAGUCAUGGUUCCACUUCCUAUCAUGCAUUUGGGCAUGGCUACAGUAUCAUUUACUGAAAGCUCAACAAAUACACUAGUUGGCAAUAUUUAGUCACAAUAUACAAAGUCACAAGUCUUUAUCCGUGGAUCCCUCUCACAGAAAGAAUGUUAAUAAUGUAAAUGCCAUAUUGAGGAUUUAUUGUCAUAAUAAACAAAUACAGUGGAUGGCUACAGUAUCAUUUACUGAAAGCUCAACAAAUACACUAGUUGGCAAUAUUUAGUCACAAUAUACAAAGUCACAAGUCUUUAUCCGUGGAUCCCUCUCACAGAAAGAAUGUUAAUAAUGUAAAUGCCAUAUUGAGGAUUUAUUGUCAUAAUAAACAAAUACAGUACUUAUGUACUGUAUGUUGAAUGUAUAUAUUCGUCAGAGUUUUAUUCAUUUUUUUCUUGAUGCACUGCCAAAAUGUAUAUGAUUGGGAAAAAUUAUCGGGAUUCGGGACUGAUUGGAAUUGAAUCGGGAGCAAAAAAAAAAAAAAAAAGCAAUCUGAUCGGGAAAUAUCGGGAUCGGCAAAUACUUAAACUAAAACGAUCGGGAGCAAAAAAACAUGAUCGGAACAACCCUAAUAGAAAGGACAAGGCACAAAGAUGUAAAUCCAGUAAAGAAAAAUAUUAACCUUACCACAAUCUUUACAGUCACAUUUUAUUAAAUAAUGAAAGUCAUAGAAAAUAAUUUUCACUAGUUUUAAACUAAUGCCCUCUCCAAUAUUUUGUCUGUAACCGAAAUGCUCAGAAAUAACACCUUUAGUACCGACAGCUUUAUGUGGUUUUCUGUAUACAUAUGUUAAUAGUCCACCAAUUAGAAAAUUAAAUAAAAACUAGCAUGCACUUCCAGACUACUGAAAGACAAAUGUCUGACAGAAAUAUCUAUGUAAGUGUGAAUCUAAGUGAUUACAUUGAUAUCAAUGCACAAAUAACAUAUCCAGAGAUAUAAAAGCAAUACUGUAACUGUAUAACAAUAUAUUAACAGAACCUAGAAGUGUUUCUCAUUUCAGCACCUUGGAGGUUCGCCACAACUGUGCUUCAUUGGAAUUCAAUGUAUAGCAAUGAGACUUGGCUUUAUCAACCUUCACACCUAAGCAACAGUUUUUAUGUGUUCAGAAGUGGAGGGCAGAGAAAAGCCUUCUGGGAAUUCCAGAGUCCAUAAGUUUCUCGUUAGGUACAUGUUGAGGCGUUUCAUCCCUGAGGGGAGGUCGGUUUUCUUUGACCGCCAUCAGAUUUCCAUAACACUUUCGACAAACUGCUUGGUACUUGUCAGCUCCGCCGAUCACUUCCACCUACGGACGACAGAAAACAUGAUGCUUAAAAUAUAAUAAAUCCCGCCAACUAAUUUUCUUAAUGUGUACCCUCACCUCCUUCUCUGCUCCAAUCCUCUUUGUGUAGGCCGCUUCUUUAUAACACUGCAUGCAGACGGCGUGAAGCUUCACCACGCUUUCAGCCAGAGGGACAAGGUUCAAAAUGUUUCCAAAUGGCUUAAAAAAAAAAAAAUGAAUAAAUGCAGUUGUAAUGCCAAGUCAACAGUUCACAUUCCAGCACAAUCACUAGACAAUGUGUAUUUUUCAGGUAAGCAAAGGCACCAUUCUCUGGAAGGUUCCAUCCAAGGCAGCAACAAUCACAAUCUUGCCCAAAUUGGCCAUUUCCUCACAAAACUCAACUGUGUCCGGGAACUGCAAUGACACAAAGAGUUUAAGUAAGAGUCAAUAGCCAUAACAUGAAAGAAAGUAGUAGAAAAAAACAAUCCACUUACAAAUUGCCCUUCAUCAAUUCCAAUGACACAGGCUUGCAGUGCCAGCGACCACACAUCUCUAAGCGAGUUUGCUGGUAUAGCUUCCAUUGUGUUUCUAAGGGACGUACAAGUAAUUUCAUUUUUUUGCAUGAAUGAAACACCCAUAAAGCAUGCCAACAUGAUGCAAUUGUAGCCUUAUGUCCCAAUGAAGAUCAGUGAACCCCCUUUCUAUCACAACCUCUCGUUCUAACCAAACAGCAUUUCAAUGUCGCAGAUGUAAUAGCCUGGAGAUAUAAGGUUUUCUAGAGAUGCGCAUUCAUUUGAACUUGCAAUUUUUUUGUCUGGAAAAUGAGCUAAACUUGGGAUACAGCCACCAUUGAGUCGCAUUGUGGUAGCAAUGCCCCUGUAAGAUGGUAUGCCAAAAGAUCACAUCGAAGAGAAACACGGCGGCACAAUACAUUAGGUGCAGCCGGUGUUGGUCAAGUUUUAAAUUUUUCCACACAAAGUACUUCAAAGGUCAUACAUUUCAAAAUGAACAAAUUGAUAGUUGAUGAUUUAUUUAAUGUUUUAAAUGUGUUGCAGUGAUCUGUUAACCUCAAAAUUAUGGCAUUUGCCUAUUGUUGCCAAGGAAACAGUCCACUCCAUACUUUAAUACAGGUGCAUCUUAAAGCCUUA